AUGCCAACCGGUGACAUCUCGGCUAAAUUAGUGACAUCGUGGGCCCGGGACCCCGAACCGGAUAGCUUGGUUUGUUCUUGCCAAAUCAGAAAAAUGAUUCACGCAAGUAAAAUAACAGCUAAUAUUUUAAUAUUAACUGUGUUUUUGUUAAUUAUAAACUCUACUGACGCGACAAUUGAAGACAUGGAUCGAGAAAUAGCGGCUAAUUUUCCGUACGGGCGAGGAAUGGAUAGUGAGCAAGUGCAAUUAGCCAGACUAUUGCUAUCAUACCCACGAGGUAUGUGUCACCCAAAACGCAACUCGGAGUUAAUAAAUUCACUGCUCGGAUUGCCAAAAAAUAUGAACAACGCUGGUAAAUAA